GAGCAGGUUUUCCUCCUCUCUGGAGCAGAGGAGUAGGAGAGGGGAGAUCCAUUUCCUGGAGAUGAACAAGUUUCAAAUUUCCUCAGAAGUUAUGGAGCAGUAAUGAUUUGGCUAUCUUUUUUUCUGAGCAUGACUAAUUUACUAUUCCAGGAAUUCCUUUGAUAGCACCAGAGCUUGCUGGUCAACCUGCCACUUUUGUGGGAAUAUUGGCAAGGCCAACCUGAAAAGGAUGCUUGAAGUUGAGAGCUCCUGAUGAGUACUGAGCUGAGAGGAUCUUGGGAAGAAGACGCUUGUGGAGUUACCCAGAUAGAUCACCGGACGCCCUGAGUGUAAGAUGGAAGAAAUAUCUGAGGGCGUGGACAAGAUGACCAGCCAGCAGGCUCUGUGUGAUCCUGACCAGAGGACCAGAAAACGCUCUGGCAUCUCCACCCUCAAAUUGUUUAUCGUGGCGCUGUCCUUCGCCUGUUUCUCCAAGGCUCUGACGGGAACCUACAUGAAGAGCUCCAUCACUCAGAUUGAGAGACGGUUUGACCUCUCCAGCUCACAUGUUGGACUCAUAGAUGGCAGUUUUGAGAUGGGCAACUUGUUGUUUCUCGCGGUGGUCAGUCAUUUCGGGGCCAAGCUACAUCGACCCAGACUCAUCGCUAUGGGCUGCCUCCUCAUGGCUCUUGGGGCAUUUCUUACUGGCCUAACACACUUCUUCAUGGGACGCUACAAGUACGACACAGUCAUUCAGGUUUUCCAGAAUGACAGUGUGAACAUUGCUGCAUGUGUGGAUCCUCUGGAAAAAGAUGAUGAAAUUCAGAUAGAACCAGCUGUGGAUGGCAACAAAGUCUGCGUGAGGGAAACCGGUUCCAACAUGUGGAUCUAUGUGUUCCUCGGGAAUGCCUUGCGGGGGAUCGGCGAUACCCCGGUCACACCUCUGGGCAUUUCCUUCAUCGAUGACUUUGCUAGAGCAGAAAACUCACCAUUUUAUAUAGCUUGUCUCCAGACAAUCACUCUCCUGGGCCCCAUGUUUGGUUUCCUCCUGGGAUCGUACUGUGCCAAACUAUAUGUCGACAUUGGAUACGUGGAUAUGGAAAGUGUGACCAUAACUCCAAAAGAUGCCCGCUGGGUGGGUGCCUGGUGGAUGGGCUUCAUGGUGUCUUCUGGCCUCCUGCUAAUCUCCAGCAUUCCCUUCUGGUUCCUGCCCCGCUCAAUAGAGAAAGAGGGAGAAGAGAGCAGGUGUGGGGACCCAGAUGGAUCAGAGGAAGCCCUCAACAACACUCACAACCUCAUGCUGACUGACAUUGCAAAAGGGUUUUUUCCCUCCCUGAAGCGGCUGUUGGGAACGCCGGCCUACUUCUUGCUUAUUUGUGGGAGUGUCCUGAAGUUCAACUCUUUCAUCGGCCUGUUCACUUUCAAAGCCAAAUACAUGGAACAACAGUUUGGACAGUCUGCAUCCAGGGCCAAUUUCCUCAUAGGUGUGUUGAACCUGCCAGCCGUAGCAGUGGGGAUCUUCCUGGGAGGGUUGCUGAUGAAGAGGUAUAAAUUGAGUUUGGUCUCAGGAGCUCAGCUCUCCUUUGCCACCUCCUUCAUGGCAUACCUCCUCCUGCUGCUGCAGUUUGGCACCAAGUGUGAUAAUAUUCCUGUGGCUGGGCUCACCAUCUCAUACAACGGGACAUCAAGUGUAUCAAACAAUAAGGAAAUGCUCUACUCAGAGUGCAACCGAGACUGCUCAUGCUCUGCAGAGGAGUGGGACCCCGUGUGCUCAGACAGCGGCAUCACCUACAUCUCUCCAUGUAUGGCUGGCUGCAUAAGCUCCAGUGGAUACGGCAAGAAUACAGUCUUUCACAACUGCAGCUGUGUGUCCACCUCCUACCCAGCAGGCAGCAGUACGUCUGUGAGGCUGGGUCAGUGUCCUCAUGCCAAGGACUGCAGCCGCAGUUUCACCUCCUACAUGGCUGUAUCGGUUCUCAGCUCUUUUAUCAACUCUCUGGGAGCCACACCGGGCUACAUGGUUAUCAUAAGAUGUAUCGCACCAGAGCUCAAAUCCCUUGCACUGGGAAUCCAGACCAUGGUUACUAGGACUCUGGGUGGAAUUCCUGCCCCGGUCUAUUUCGGAGCCCUGAUUGAUUCAACUUGCUUGAAGUGGUCAAUCAAGAAGUGUGGGGGAAGAGGCGUAUGUCGCAUCUACGACUCUGCUAUGUACAGAGUUAUCUUCUUAGGACUGAUCACUUGUCUCAGUGGUUCCUCGUAUUUCUUUAUCAUUGCCGUCAUUGUCCUUCUUAGACGACAGUUUCAGAAACCAAGCCGAGAAACAGAGAUGCAGAACACCAAAGGGCCAAAGAAAAUGAAACCUCAGGCCCUAUCAAAUCCCAUUGAGGAUAAGCCUGGUUCUUCUAAAACUUCCAAACUGCCUAUUGCUUCUAAAGUUUCCAAAAGAAGCAUUAGAGAAACGAUGGAGAGUGUAGAGAGUCACAGAAUCACACAGCUUCCCCCUGAUGGAGAACUUAUCUCGACAAAUAUCAUCAAGAGCCAGAAGCUCAAAUCCCUGACAGAGACCACUGUCGAGCUAACUCCUGUCCCACCUGACAAAGCUAUGAUAGAGAUUGAUGAACAAAAAGACAACUUUUCCAAGGAGUCGGGAAAGGAGAAAGUGGACCAUCAGGCAGAUGAAGAGAAAGAAACAGCACACAGCAAAGAAACUGAUGGGUCACAAAGUUUAGGUGUUCACUAAUGUGGAUUCAAACGCAGGGUUAAAAAGUGCAACUGGACCAUACACGAAAUGUUUGACCAGGUGUCAAAUUUUCUCCGAUUGUUAAGAGGGAGUUUUUCUAAUCCAGGUUAUAGCAUGUCCCUCUUUUGUUACAAAAUCUGUCAUAUUAGAAUUUGUCCUGAUGCAGGGCUUUCAGUGUUACCAUUUCCAUAGCUGUAGGAACAAAGUUCAGUAUUUAGAAUAGAACUGGAGAAGCACUAAUUGUGCACAUUUACCCGCAAAUUCAAAUAUAUAUAUAUAUAUGCACAUGUGAUUAUACAGAAAAAAAAACAGCAGAGGUAAACGUCAUGGCCAAAAUAAAUGUUUUCUUUGUUUGCCAAUAAAUGGAUCCUUAAAUGCUUGAUAUCAAUGUCACGUUAAAAUUUGCAGAUAUGAUCAACAGGCAGUCUCAAAAGUAUGAAACCAAUGUCAACACAACAUCAUGCUGUCGGCACAAACAAUCAAAAUCAAUACAUAAUGCUUGUGUUUAAUUUAUUUCUCUCAAGUGGUUUAUUCGCUAAAAGUGAUGUUAAACUGUUAAACUUGCAGAAACUGUUUUGUUUUGGCCACUUGGGGACGAUGCAUCAAUCUGUAAAUAAAGCAUUAAUGACACAUAGCUUAUACAGAGAUACAAAGCCGUGAAGGCAUCCACUUAGACUGAUGUUUCUUACACUGCUUUGAGCUCACAAAAGAGAUAAUCCUUUAAUUAUCUCUUGUGGGGAAAUUCUAAAAUAUCUCAAGCUUUAGCUGCUGAAAGCUAAAUUUAAAAACCUAACUGUGGCCCCUUUUACACAAGCCUCUCAUGAUGGGACUGUUACGCCUCACAGUCUGAAGACCUUUUCAGCAAUUCUUCAACAGCCCCGUAACAAAGCUCUGCCGUCAUUAGUCCUUCUACAUUCAAAGUGAUUCUGCAAUGGUGUAAAACCGGUAAUAAUACAUUUUAUUUAUAUUGCACUUUACAUUUUAAGCAAACCUCAAAGUGUUCACGUUUUUAUUUUUAUUCCUGUGUGAUCUUGUGAAUACGCUCCAGAAACCGACCCAAGGGCUCAUGCCGUAUUGUUUGGUUGCUAAUGAUGAUGCUAAAGAAAACAGGCUAUAAUAGCAAAACAACGUGUUUAAAUAAAGGCAUUUGGCUUAUUACUCAG